AUGAAAAAAUUGGUUAGUAACUCAAUUUUAAAAUUUUAUCAAACUAUAACAAUUAUAAUUUUAUUGUCAUCCAUAGUUAAAAUUGUAAUUUCUAAACCAGAAUCAAUUAAAAUUUCAUUUACAAAAUAUUCAAAAAAUUCGUUGAGAAUAACAUGGAAUUCAAUUGAUUUAAUUGAAGGACCAUCACUUUUAUACAGUACAGAAUUAUUUGAACCAGAUAAUUAUGCAACAUCAAAUUCAAUAACUUCAUCAACAGCAGAAACAAUUUAUUAUGACACAGAAGGAUUUCAUAGUUUUACAUAUACAGGAUUAAUUGAAAAUUUAUCUCAAUCAAUGAUUUAUUUCUAUUGUGUUGGUGAUAAAGUUACAAAUCAAUGGAGCCAAUUAUAUAAUUUUACAAGUCGUUCAGAUAUUAGUGAUAAUAGUGAUAGUGGUAGUGGUGGUAUUGAUAAUGAAGUAAUACCAUUUACAUCAUCUUGGUUUGGUGAUAUGGGUUAUAUUGAUGGUGAUAGUUUAAAUUCAGAUUGGUAUACAAUUAAUAAUUUAAAAUCAAUUUCAAAUCAAUUAUCAUUUGUAACACAUGUUGGUGAUAUUGCAUAUGCUGAUUAUAGUAAGGAUUCAAAAUAUUAUGGUAAUGAAACUAUUUGGAAUAAUUUCUUAUCAUCUAUAAAUUCAAUAACUUCAACACUACCAUACAUGACAACACCUGGUAAUCAUGAUUCAUUUGGCGAUGAAUUCUCUGCUUAUUCAAAAACAUGGCAAAUGCCAACAGAACAUCAUUCAAAUAAUUGGUAUUCAUUUGACUAUAAUGGAGUUCAUUUCAUAAGUAUUUCAAGUGAAGAUACUUAUAUCCCACUCUCUGAUCAACAUUCAUGGAUAGAAAAUGAUUUAAAACAAUAUAGAAAUUCAAAUCCAAAUGGCUGGUUAAUUAUGUACAGUCAUAGACCAUUCUAUUGUAAUGCAAAGUUUGGUUGGUGUAAUGAUGAUUAUAAAGAUGAAAAAACAAGUAAACGAUUAUACAUUGAUUCAUUAGAGUAUUUACUAUAUAAAUAUAAUGUUGAUUUAUUCAUUAGUGGUCAUUGUCAUGCCUAUGAAACUUCAAAACCAGUUUAUCAAAAUGAAGUAAUGGGUACUUACCAAGAUCCAAAAGCAACCGUACAUUGUGUAAUAGGCACUGGUGGUAAUAAAGGUGGUCAAAUUGAAGAAUGGUACGAACCAAAACCAUGGACAAAUGGUUUAAAGUCAUCUUUGAAUGGUUAUGCUUUAUUAAAUAUUAUAAAUUCUACAACUUUAAAUUGGAAAUUCAUCGCAAAUCUUAAUAAUUCUAUAAUUGAUGAAUUUUAUUUAAAUAAAGGUCAAUUUUAA